AUGGUGCGUGGUCACUUGGAGAAAGUCAGACGCCUUGCCCAGCAGCUGAGCCCAGGGAAUUCCGUCGGCAGCUUUGUUUUGGUCUCAAGCCACACAGCUGUGCCCGGGCCUCUCUUUCCGCCCAGCCCACCGGGCAACAGGAGCGAGGAGCUGCUAGCUACCCGGGACCCGCUGCUGGCCCAGGCGGAGCUGGCCCUGCUGUCCACGGUGUUCGUGGCUGUCGCCCUAAGCAACGGCCUGGUGCUGGGGGCUCUGGCGAGACGGGGCCGGCGGGGCCGCUGGGCACCCAUGCACGUCUUCAUCUGCCACUUGUGCCUGGCCGAUCUGGCGGUGGCGCUGUUCCAAGUGCUGCCCCAGCUGGCCUGGGACGCCACUGACCGCUUCCGCGGGCCCGAUGCGCUGUGCAGGGCUGUCAAGUACCUGCAGAUGGUGGGCAUGUACGCGUCCUCCUACAUGAUCCUGGCCAUGACGCUGGACCGCCACCGCGCCAUCUGCCGGCCCAUGCUGGCACACCGCCACGGGGGUGGCGCCCGCUGGAACCGGCCGGUGUUGGCGGCCUGGGCCUUCUCGCUGCUGCUCAGCCUGCCCCAGCUCUUCAUCUUCGCCCAGCGUGACGUGGGGGAUGGCAGUGGCGCCCUCGACUGCUGGGCGCGCUUUGUGGAGCCCUGGGGCCUCCGUGCCUACGUCACCUGGAUCGCCCUGAUGGUGUUCGUGGCACCUGCCCUGGGCAUCGCUGCCUGUCAGGUGCUCAUCUUCCGGGAGAUCCAUGCCAGCCUGGUGCCAGGGCCAGCUGAGGGGCCUGGGGGGCGCCGUGCCGGGGGCCGGGUCAGUAGUCCAGGCGAGGGCGCCCGUGUGUCGGCCGCCAUGGCCAAGACCGUGAGGAUGACCCUGGUGAUCGUGAUUGUGUAUGUGCUGUGCUGGACACCCUUCUUCCUGGUGCAGCUGUGGGCGGCGUGGGACCCGGAGGCGCCCCUGGAAGGGCCCCCGUUCGUGCUGCUCAUGCUGCUGGCCAGCCUCAACAGCUGCGCCAACCCCUGGGUGUACGCCCUCUUCAGCAGCAGUGUUUCCUCGGAGCUGCGCGGCCUGCUCUGCUGUGCCCGGCGGCACCCCCCUCCCAGCCCGGGCCCCCAACACGCAUCCUGUGCCACUGCCAGCUCCUUCCUGGCCAAAGACACGUCCGCCUGAGAGGCCUGGGGCCGCCCUCCUUCUGGGGCUCCACAAAGCUCAGUUGCCCGGCUGGGGCUGGCCCGAGACGCAGAGGUGGCGCCAGGGAAGGGCCCUGGUGCAGGGCGUGGGGGAGUGGGGAAGAGGACUGUAGGGUCCACCCAGCGAAUGCCAGUCGGCUAGGAGUGGGCCCCAGAGCCCCCGAGCGCCGCGGCGGCCGGGGCUGGCUGGGCAUGUCCCUUCCUUCACCUCUCCUCAUGCCUUUCUCGAUUUCUCCCUAAUAAAGGUUCCAGCUCAUUUCCCACCCGGAGAAGGUCUCUUGGAUUGGGAGAUGGUGCGGGAGGUUCU